CAACUAGCCAUUGUCCAUUAUGACCUCCACGACACCACCAGAAGUCGCCGCGCACGUCGAAUCCCUAAUCCCCAAAUUCCAUCUCACCCGUCUCUUAAAACAAGAUCAAGCCGGCCGGCGCAUCUCCCUCCUUGGUACCAUCGACUCGCAACCGGCCAUCCUAGUCGCAGAACGUGCGGCCUUUGCCACUGACAGCUCACAUCUAACCUCGUUCUCCACGUCUCUCUCCUCCAUCAAGAACCUAGGCGCCAACGACAUCUACAGCUGGUUCCUCGCCUCAAGCGGCCAAUUCUCCACCCAACCCCCAGAUCUAAAGCUCAAUCUCAUAUACCCAUGCACCUCACAACACGAGAAGAAAUACGCCGCGCAAGGCCUACGAAUGGUAACAGAGACACCGGAAAUAUAUGCCAAAUACGUCCGACCCUUUAUGCAGCAAAAGCGCGAACAGGGGCGCUUGAACUGGGUCUUCAACAUCAUUGAAGGCCGCACCGAGCAAGAGGACGUCAUAUACCGCGAGCACGGAAACGAAGGGUUUCUCCUCCUUCCAGACUUGAAUUGGGACCGCAAGACGCUUUCGUCGCUGCACUUGCUCGGGAUCGUCGAGCGGCGAGACAUCUGGUCUGUUCGCGACCUCAAGAAGAAGUAUAUAGAAUGGGUCAAGCACAUGCGAGACAAGCUUCUGGAUUCGACGGUGAAGUUAUAUCCGGAGUUAGAGAGGGAUCAGUUGAAGCUAUAUGUUCACUACCAGCCUACGUACUACCACUUCCAUAUUCACAUUGUCCAUGUCUCACUCGAGGCUGGUUCUACGCAAGCUACGGGUAAAGCGCUUGGUCUGGAGAGCAUUAUAGAGCAGCUAGAGAUAAUCCAAGGAGGAGAUGAAGCAGGAAUGGCGGAUGUGAGUCUAACAUAUCAUUUAGGGGAAGCAAGUGAGUUAUGGGAGAAGAUAUAUUUACCACUCAAAGAUGGACAGCCAGUUGAGUUAUAG